CCGUUUCACACCCACAACGCUCGACCAGAGCUUCAUUAGGUACAACCUGCUCUCCCUUUGCUCUAUCCCUACUGAAGGCUAUACUCUGCGCUUCAAUGGCUGCCAAGCACUGGCUUGUCAUCCUCCAUGGCAUCCUUCUUGUCGCAGCGCAAACGACCGGCGUGGCGAGUCAGGGACGAAGCAUCUCUGUGCAACCUAGUCAUCAGCAAAACAGCCAAGCAGCAGCUUCGCCUUCUAUUUCAGCUUCAAACAGCCCACAGAGCGCAGAUUCAGGAAAGCGCCCGAGCCUGGCAGUGUCGAGAGUAUCUGUACAGCCGACGAGGACAAAAGCGGCGCCAGUAGAGGUACCCAGCGACGCAGGCCCGGCUGCAGCAUCCAUGAUGACACCCAAGAAUCCUCAAGCGACACCAACCUAUUACAAAGUGGGUAACCCAGUGACGCUUGCAUGGAACUAUAGCAAUGUCUACAUCCAGCCUGAGAGUGUCGACAUCCAAGCAUACUGUGCCAUCAAUCAGCACUACUAUCCAAUCAGACUGAACACAAGCUACGAGCAGUUGACGAAGGUGGAGUGGGAUACAGCUGCAUAUCAAAUGGAAGCUGCUGUACCGCUACUCACGGCACAGUACACACUUGUCUUGAGGAAUACGGAAGCUGCAGAGACGCAGGCAACCGCGCCACUUGGAGAGAUGGGAGUCUUGCGGCCGUAUGUGUUUGGAAUGUAUCUGACACAAGGAUACCGCGAUUUGGAGCAGAGUACGCAGCGGCAAUGCAGUUUAUGUUUUCGUGGGUCUGCAACAAGAGGGCAGACUCGGCGGGGUCUUCUGCUGAUGGGAAGUGUGGCCAUGUCAGUAGGAUGCCACUUGAUUCUGUAGCUGCCAGAGCAUAGAAUACUCGAUGACAUGUACUUGACACUACUUGUACUCUUCUUGCGUCGUUGCGCUUCCCCGUCGUCAUUC